AUGAUAAAGUUUGGACUUCUCAAGGGAAGUACGGGGAUGAAAGGCCGCCUCAAUAUGCAUCGUUUCGGUGGGACGGCCGGAACGAGAAUCAAAAAUCGAACCGCUAACUUGCUCAGUCAUAGGUUCUAUGGGUCUAGAGCUAGUCUGAUGCAGCUCUCCGGCUAUAACAAGCAGGUCGUGGUGAAGCUGGUAGUGAUGACGGGAGUCACGUUAGUACUGGGCAGUAUUCUUUUCCAGUACGCGGAAAGAGACGUACAAACGUGCACAGAGGACGAGGAUGAUGACAUCGAUGGCCACAGUGGUAAGAAUCAGUCCCGCCCAAAAAUCAAAAUUUUCAAUAACAACUGGCUUUUUUUCUGGUACUCCACGCUUCCUUUAAAUGCCAUGUCGCGAAUUUGGGGUCAAGUGAAUUCGCUCACGUUACCCGUGUGGUUGCGCCCUUGGAGCUUUAGGCUAUAUGCGACUGUGUUUGGCGCGAACUUGGACGAGAUGGAAGACCCGGUGCUUGAACAUUACCAGAAUUUGUCGCAGUUUUUUUACCGUGACAUCAGGCCAGAAACGCGUCCCAUUGCUCCUGGCGAUGAUACGGUUGUGUGUCCCAGCGAUGGAAAAGUGUUACAGUUGGGGGUGAUUGACUCCCAAACUGGUGAUAUUCGGCAAGUGAAGGGAAUGACCUACUCAGUUCGCGAGUUUCUUGGUACUCAUGCUCAUCCGCAUAUGACCCGAAGUGAGUCCGAGGAUAAUUUGGAGACCUUAAGCUCCUCAUCCGAUGAGGAACACAUCGAGUUCGCUCGCAUAAAUAAUAUUCCCUACACCUUUAAUGACAUGAUCGGAGACGGCCCCGGCGACAAGCAUUCCCACUUACAAAAGAUGGAAUAUUCCAGCGAAGGUGACAAGUCCCUGCCAGAGGUACAACCUUCUAGACCCAAGACUAUCAAGUUGUUGAGUCAGCUUUCAACGCAUUACAUCGACAAGCUAAAAGGCUCAGAUCCUAUAAAUACCAAAUUGUACUUCGCCGUCAUUUAUUUGGCCCCAGGAGACUAUCAUCAUUAUCACUCGCCGGUCAAUUGGGUUUGCAAAUUACGUCGUCACUUUCCUGGCGAGCUAUUCUCUGUGGCUCCUUAUUUCCAACGCAAUUUUCCCAACCUUUUCGUGUUGAAUGAACGUGUCGCGCUACUAGGGCACUGGAAGCACGGAUUUUUCAGUAUGACUCCGGUUGGUGCCACCAACGUUGGUUCUAUUAAACUCAAUUUUGACAAAGAGUUGAUAACCAACGGCAAGCGCAAGGAAAAGGUUAAACCUCACACUUGUUACGAGGCUACUUAUGAAAACACUAGCGCGGUCCUAGGCGGUGUGCCGCUAGUGAAGGGUGAGGAAAUGGGUGGAUUUAUGCUCGGAAGUACCGUUGUAUUAUGUUUCGAAGCUCCUGACAGUUUUGAAUUUGACAUAAAAGUUGGACAAGCCGUUAAAAUGGGCCAACCCCUCGGUGAAUCAAAGUAG